GCCAGCGACUGGGAGAAGUCUUUGUAGCAGUAGCAGCUAUAGACGAGCUCUUUAUCUAAAGCUCACUCACUCCGUACAGAUAAAAGGGACCAUGAAGACAGACGUCUGGAGUUAUAGUUUUGCUGACAGCAUACAGCCCCACCGACAGCUUCCACACACGGACGACUGAAUGACGAACCAGGAUGGCCGGAGGAAGGAGAGGACUUGUAGCCCCUCAAAACACUUUUUUAGAAAAUAUUGUCAGACGAUCUAACGAUACCAAUUUUGUUCUUGGGAAUGCUCAGAUCGUGGACUGGCCCAUCGUCUAUAGCAACGAUGGCUUCUGCAAGCUGUCGGGGUACCACAGGGCAGAAGUCAUGCAGAAGAGCAGCACAUGCAGCUUCAUGUACGGGGAGCUCACAGACAAAGAUACUAGCCAGAAAGUACGGCUAACGUUUGAAAACUACGAGAUGAAUUCGUUUGAAAUACUCAUGUAUAAAAAGAACAGAACACCGGUAUGGUUCUUUGUGAAGAUAGCCCCUAUACGAAACGAACAGGAAAAAGUGGUGCUGUUUCUGUGCACCUUCAGUGACAUCACAGCCUUUAAACAGCCAAUAGAAGAUGAAACCUCGAAAGGUUGGGGGAAGUUCGCUCGGCUAACUCGUGCUCUGACCAGCAGUAGAGGAGUGUUACAGCAGCUACAGCCUACUGUACACAAGGGAGAGAACGUUCACAAGCACUCCCGCCUAGCUGAGGUCCUCCAGCUGGGCUCAGACAUCCUCCCCCAGUACAAGCAGGAGACUCCCAAGACGCCGCCCCACAUCAUCCUCCACUACUGCGCCUUCAAGACCACCUGGGACUGGGUCAUCCUCAUCCUGACUUUCUACACCGCCAUCAUGGUUCCUUACAACGUCUCCUUCAAGACCAAGCAGAACAACGUGACGUGGUUGGUGGUGGACAGCAUUGUAGACGUUAUCUUCCUGGUGGACAUCGUGCUCAACUUCCACACUACCUUUGUGGGCCCGGCCGGAGAGGUAAUCUCUGACCCCAAGCUCAUCAGGAUGAACUACCUGAAGACCUGGUUCGUCAUCGACCUGCUCUCCUGCCUGCCUUACGACGUCAUCAACGCCUUUGAGAAUGUGGAUGAGGGGAUCAGCAGUCUGUUCAGUUCUCUGAAGGUGGUCCGGCUGCUGCGUUUGGGCAGGGUAGCUCGUAAACUGGACCACUACAUUGAGUAUGGAGCCGCCGUCCUCGUCCUGUUGGUGUGUGUCUUUGGCCUGGCUGCCCACUGGCUAGCCUGCAUCUGGUACAGUAUUGGUGACUAUGAGGUGAUAGACGAGGAAACGGGCAUCCUGCGGACAGACAGCUGGCUGUACAUGCUGGGGGAGACGGUGGGCUCUCCAUACCGCUUCAACGCCAGCGGGACAGGGAAAUGGGAGGGCGGCCCCAACAAAGACUCGGUCUACAUCACAUCUCUAUACUUCACCAUGACCUCUCUGACCAGUAUAGGGUUCGGAAACAUCGCCCCUACCACCGAUGGAGAGAAGAUCUUCGCUGUCGCCAUGAUGAUGAUCGGAUCCCUUCUUUAUGCCACCAUCUUCGGUAACGUCACCACCAUCUUCCAGCAGAUGUACGCCAACACCAACCGCUACCACGAGAUGCUGAACAGCGUCCGUGACUUCCUCAAGCUCUACCAGGUUCCCAAGGGGCUGAGCGAGAGGGUCAUGGAUUACAUCGCCUCCACCUGGUCCAUGUCCCGGGGCAUAGAUACUGAAAAGGUAUCUCAAACUGUAUUGCAGAUAUGCCCUAAGGACAUGAGGGCAGAUAUCUGCGUCCACCUCAACAGGAAAGUCUUCAAAGAACACCCUGCAUUCAGGUUGGCCAGUGACGGGUGCCUGCGUGCCCUGGCCAUGGAGUUCCAGACUAUCCACUGUGCCCCUGGCGACCUCAUCUACCAUGCCGGGGAGAGUGUUGACAGCCUCUGUUUCGUGGUGUCAGGAUCCCUGGAGGUCAUCCAAGAUGAUGAGGUGGUGGCCAUCUUGGGUAAGGGGGACGUGUUUGGGGAUGUGUUCUGGAAGGAGGUGACCCUAGCCCAGGCGUGUGCCAACGUGCGUGCCCUGACCUACUGUGACCUCCACGUCAUCAAACGAGACGCCCUGCAGAAGGUUCUGGAGUUCUAUACGGCCUUCUCUAACCACUUCUCACGGAACCUGCUGCUCACCUACAACCUGCGGAAGAGGAUUGUGUUCAGAAAGAUAAGCGAUGUGAAACGAGAGGAGGAGGAGCGCCUGAGACGAAAGAAUGAGGCGCCCCUCAACCUCCCGCCGGACCAUCCGGUCCGUCGGCUCUUCCAGCGGUUCCGGCAGCAGAAGGAGGCCCGUGUACAUCAGGAGCGGGCUGACCCAUCCGAUGACCUGGAGAGAGGCCAGACCGUUUAUGUUGAGCCCAUUCCCAUCCAUGAAAUCAUCACCACCACCAGCAUUGUCACCGUCACCGAAAGUCCAGCCACGCCCAUUCCUUCAAUCUCCAUCUUGGCGUCCACAACCUCCGGCCCCUCAGAAAAAUCCCAGCUCCAGGCCCCGUCUCUCCAAUUGUCCGAGCCAGCCAAGGUCAAAGGAUGGGGUCGCUUCAAGGAGUCCAACUGGAACAAGGUGUCCAAAGCCGAGUCCAUGGAGACGCUACCCGAACGGACCAAGGCAGGGGCAGCCCACGAGUCCCAGACCUCGCUCAAGAAAACCGGCUCGUGCGACAGCGGCAUUACCAAGAGUGAUCUGCGCCUGGACAACGUGGGGGAUGGCGCCCGAACCACAGGCAACACGCCACAGGACCGCAGCCCUGUGGUACCCCCUGAGGUGGCCAAGCAGCACGCCUUCUACCCUAUCCCAGAGCAGACUCUCCAUGCUUCCCUCCUGGAGCUCAAGCUGGAGCUCAAAGAAGACUUGAAGGCCUUGAACACCCGCAUGGCCAGCCUGGAGACUCAGCUAGCAGAGGCUCUGAAGCUCCUCAAGGCUCAAAGGAGAGCUCCCAGCUCCCCCAAGCCUCUCUUUGAGAUCUCCAGACCCACCUCGCCAGACUCGGACAAGGAGGACAUAUUUUCGUAGAAGCAGAGGGGCUUAUGUUGAGUGUGUGAAGAUGGUUAACAGAUUCAGAAAAUCUUUAUUGUCCCAAUACUGGGCAAUUUGGUCAUAGGGUCAGAGAUGUUGCAAGUUGUUGGCGUGUCUCAGCUGAGGCCUUUGCUUAGCCCUCAACUUGUUGAUGCCUGUGAAGAGCAGCAGAUGAUGAUGCUACGAUGCUGUUAAUUUUAAGAGAACCUGGUGGUUUUACCCCUGUGGGCCAUUGAACCUUGGAGUUGAGCCCGUUGGUCACUUUGAAGAUUCUGGGGUGAGUGCGGUGAAAGGGCUUCAAGGCACAGUGCAGUGACCUUAAGACCACCAUGAGUUUGGCUACCCUCUGUGACCUACAGACACAGGUUCACACCUAUACUCCUGUGUUGUGCUAGUCUGCUCGCGCACAUCGGCUGUAUAUUUUGGUAGAGACUUUAUUUUUUUUACCAGUCUAUGGAGUAAGAGCAGAGCAGCAAUGAAUGUUGUAUUGUUCACCUUCAUUAUCCUUGUAGAUCUCCAGGGGGAUCACUAUCUAUCAGUGGUUCUCAGAUUAUCUAUAAGGGGUGAAUACAUAUUUUAUUUUCUUUGUGCCACCAGUGUACAAUAGAUUCUGUAUGUAUUCACAAUGUCAUUCUAUCACCCUGUAAUACUUUACAAGACUUUCUGUAUACACUAUAUAUAUAUAAAAGUAUGUGGA